CGCCCGGCUUGAGCCUCAGGAGCGCGGCGGCAGCAGUACCGCGGGAACUGCCGGUACUGUUCCGCGCGGAGCCUUCUGGCCACGAUAGCCGCCGCUGCGGCGGCAAAGGAAACCUAGCUACCGCCGUCACUGGUUGGUGACGGAGACGACGUAAAGGAAAAGGUUAUUGGCAACUCACGCGGGACCCUGGAGCUCUCCCGUUAACGUUGGGUACAGUUGCUACGGUUGGCUUGCGUCUCGGCACAGUGUUUGCUUAUGCGUUGAAGCAUCAUGUCUGCUGUAAAGACAGAAGAUGAAAUAACAGUCGUUGAGCGGGAAAUGAAAGAAUUUUGGACUGAAUUAAAAAGCGUUUAUGGCACCGAACAGAUCAAUCAGACUUUAGCACUGAGAGACUCGUGCAAGGAGUCCAUACAGGUGCUGUCAGAGAGAUGGGCCAAGAAGCUAAAAGAAGGGGACCUGAUGAUUGAUAAAAUUCAGGAGUACAGAAAUGAGAUUCUCCAGCAGAACAAACACAUAUCAGAAAAUGAAAUACGUUUGACGGAAAUAAAAUCUAAUCUAAACCACGAAGAGGAGCAAAAGAAGGAGUUGACUGACAGUAUACAAAAGCUUAAAGAAGAAUUGAUGAAGAAAAAGGAAAUAAUAUCAUCUAAAAACAAAGCCACUAAGGAGAGAGUGGAACGACUGUGCAAAUCUAAAGAGCUGUUUGAAGAGCGGCUUGGAUUGGAAAUACGCAGAAUUCAUAAUGAGCAGUUACAGUUUAUAUUCAGACAUAUUGACCACAAAGAUCCCGACAAGCCGUAUGUGUUUACCCUUUCCAUAAAUGAACAGGGAGAUUAUGAAGUGACUUCGUGUACUCCUCCUCUGGAUUGUAUAUCAGAGUUCCAGCUGAAAGUGAGAGAAACUAACAAUUUUUCUGCAUUUAUUGCCAACAUCAGAAAAGCCUUCACAGCUUUGUCUUUUAAACAGUCUACUUAAAAUUAACUUAUAAUUGCUUCUAGCUAUAAAGCACUUUUAUUUUUCCUUCCUGUGCUGUGAAAACAUGUAUUUAUCCAUGUCUUACUCUAAUUCUCUAAUUUCUAAAUAA